AUGGCAUUGACUUAUUCCACUCAUACUCCUCUCGCUCGCCACAUUCUCCCCAUCUCCUUCAGAACCUCCAUCUCCCUCGUCUUCUUCCUUUUCUACCUUCAAUUCCUCUACGCCAUCUCUUUCAUUCUGAACCCAUUCAGGCCCUUAAAAUAUGGUCCUCGACCCUUCAAAAACGCUAUCAAGCGUACUGAAACCCGGGUCAUUGACAUCAUCGUUGAGAUCCUUCCACCACCAAUCUAUCGUUCACCAGUCCCGAGUAGCGCCUUCCUGCAUGAGGAUGCUUUCUCACACCGGUCUACCACUGCCCACUGUGCCUCGCACCUGGGCUUUUAUCGUGUACGCAGUGCACUCCCACGUGUCGUGGAGCUCGCCGAAUUGCCCCAGGUUUAUCAUCCCGGUGCAGUUGGAAGAAGUCUUUCGCCCAGCUUGCACCACGAGAAUCAGAGACCGGCUACCGAUGCUGUGCAAAUUGCUUCUGUGUCAACCAAUCAUGGAGCGCACAAUUAUCCCGGUUUCUCGUACUAUGACGGCAUGAGCAACACUACUCUUCCAUCAACCAGUUGCCCAAACAUCGCUCUGGCCGGUAAUGGAAAUCACCAUGGUCUCAUCGCCCCGCCGCCCACCCCAGUGCAGCCACAGCUUCAGCAGGAAGAGCAGCGACGAAUCGUCCAGCUAGUCCACGGCAUUCCCAUUGAGGAGGUUGUUGAACUCAACUCUGUUGAAAAAAUUCAGCCCACCCCCAGCAUCAACACCAUCAUCAACUCCCCCACGGUCUCAACUGAUGAGCCCAAAACUUCGCUCGCUGUCAUCCCACCAUCUUCAUUACAGUACUCGUCACUACGGUACUCGUCAUCACACUACACGGACAACAACUUGACUGAUCUGAGUCUUGAGAGCAAUCGUACCACCAAAACCCACUCGACACAGACUUAUCCGCCCAAGUUUCCGGUCAGCGAAUACACUUCCUUGGUUACGGAGUUAUCGUCGUUUCGUGAGAAGGGGACGACUCAUGUGCGGCCCUUUUCGGAUUAUUAG